AUGGCGUCUAUGACGUACCUAGCACUACGCGUCUACGCGAUUAACAACGCGAACCAUGGAUUUCAUCCGUCAAUCAAAAUGAGUACUCUUGAGCAGCGUAGACAAGAGAACAUUAAGCGUAAUGCAAUCUUGCUCCGAGAGCUAGAACUCGAGCACAUAAAGGAGGAACUCCAACCAAAACUACCUCCAGCAAAGAAGCGGCGCAAGCUUGAUAUCACACAACCAACACGGUCAUCAGCACGCCUUGCCACCGCUCCUUCCCGUCCAGACUACAAUGAGGAUGACACCAAUGUAAAGUCUGAAAGCGCAUCGCGUGGCAGAAACUCCUCGAAGAAACCACUGGCAAAGACAUCACGAGAGAUCCUAUCCGUCAAUUCCUCAGCCCCAGAAUCAAGAGCUAAACAUCCGGAUCUGGACAGUAUCAAAGCCGGCUGGACGAGUUGGGACCCUGUUGCGUCUCCUCCGAAACGAGAUUCUUUCGGAACAUAUCACUUUGAUUCCCACCCGGACUUCACCCCUAACAAAUCGCCCGCGGACAUUAUCCGCGAGGGCUGUUUCGGUGGCUCGUACUGGAGACCACUAUACUCGAAACGCCUUGGAACGACCGUCGAAGAUGAUUGGCGCGAGCUCCCUGCUGAUUGGACGGCGGGGCUAGACGUCAACCAGUACAUGGUCAAUCCAGAGUACAAUCGCGAAAUCAACAAGCAUGGCGUUGCUUGCGGGCAGAGCAUCGAGCAAUGGGAAGAAAACGGGUGGAUAGCACACGAGUACGACGUGCGUGGUUGGUUCCAGUGGUACUACAGAUUUUGGAUGGGCCGGAGGUGCGAGGAUGAUGAGCGUCAGAUCUCGAGAUGGAAGAAGUGCGUGGGGGAGACGGGACGGUGGAGGAGGACUUUGCUGAAGCAGUAUGUUCAACGGGGAAUAAGGAGUGUGUUUGAUGAUGGAGAUGACGCUGAUGGGGUGGCGGGAGAGGUUAGUCCGGUCGUGAGCCAGACUUGUUUGCAUUGGGCGUAUGAAGUGAGGCAGGAGGCACUUGAUCGGUAUUGGGUUGAACGGAGAUAA